GCAAAUACGACAUCUGAAACGGGGAAAUUAAUUAUGACUGCAACUACAAUCAUGAAAUGGAUUUGAAUAUCGAAUAUUGCAAGACGGUUUCGUGCAAAAGAAGUUAAUGUGGCUACGUGACAUAGCAGGUGGAAAUUACAAGCUGCUCAAUAAUGGCUCGUUGACUGAUUACAUUCCUGGCAAGUAACUAACAAAUAACAACCAUAGCACACUCACCUCCAUAAAUAUGUGCCCCUAUACGAAUGCCGGGAAAACUUUCCUCUUUCUUCCUCAUUGGCAGUGAUACUUAAGUUUUCCCUGCCAUUUGGAGGGGGCACAUAUUUACGGAGAUGAGUGUACAAUAAAAGAUUGUCUUGUCUGUGGUAAAAAUGAAAAACAUUGUUGUAGCGAAUUCCUUGAUGAAAAUAAAAAUUUCUCGGGAAGCAGAUGCCAAACAAGACUAUUCGAAACGCCUAUGCACGAACUAUACGAAUAGUGUACGUUAACAAGAAUCUUAUAGGUUACUUUCGUUGUUUUUGUCGAAGCUGCGUUGAAUGAACGUUUCCCGUUGUUGUAUCAAAAUAUUACUAAGAAUAUGUCAAUUUUAUCAUUAAGUCGGGCUACUUAUAGAAAGUCGUUGACCGUCGUCGAUGUUUUUGUUAAGGUAUAAAUACCUUAACGUUCUGUCGAAAUUAACCAGAGUGUUUCCAAAGUUCAAGGUGUUUAGUCGAACGAACAAUACUACUCUACAUUCAAAAUGACAGUUAAGUGCGGAGACAAACUACCAAAUGUAUAUUUGCACGAAAAUACCCCCGAUUCGAAAGUGAACAUCUCGGAGCUAGCUGCCGGUAAGAAAGUCGUCAUCGUCGGGGUCCCCGGCGCCUUCACACCUUGCUGCUCCAAGGCCUUUGUGCCAGAUUUUGUUUCUGAUUGCGGCAAGUACAAAUCCAAGGGAGUCGAUGAAAUCGUUUGUAUUUCCGUAAACGAUCCUUAUGUAAUGGCUGCAUGGGGAAAAGAUCUCAACGCAGGUGGAAAAGUUCGUAUGCUAGCGGAUGGCAACGGCGCUUUCACGAAGGCCUUGGGUCUUGAAAAAGAUUUCGCGGAUACUUUGGGCACCAGCAGAUGCAAACGUUUUUCGAUGUAUGCUGAAGACGGAGUGGUAAAGAAAUUGUUCGUUGAACCUGAUGGUCACAGCGUCACUUGCUCGAAAUCCGAGAAUCUUUUGUCGCAGUUGUAAGCAAGUACCGGUAAAUAGCAAACUAAAAGAUUAGUUGUAAUGCUACAGAAUCAAAAUACACAAAUAUUAAGUUAA